UUCGUUAGUUUUAUGCACUGGGCCUAUCGGUGAAGAGUGAAACACAUGUUGUUGGCUCAAGUCUUAAAAUUUAAAUCAAUUUCUGCACUUCGUACCCCAAAAUGGUGCAAGAAUUUAGAUUGGAAGCUGAAGAAGGGCUCUGCCCCAAUUGCGGCAUUGAUGUCUACCAAGCCGAGGCUCUUUUAGCAGGCAAUAAUCGAUGGCACAAGCGAUGUUUCAAAUGCUGUUUUUGCAACAAGUUUUUGAAUCCAUCCAACUGUAAUGUUCAUCAAGGGUUCUUAUUUUGCAAGCAUUGUUAUUCGGAGGUCACUCGACACGAAAGACCUCAAACCUAUCCUGACACCACCAUUAUCAAAGGGAACAGUGGAGGGAGUUCAAAGUGUUGCCCAAGAUGCAAGGGGACGGUUUUCGAGGCCGAAAAAGUGGUUGAAAAAGGUCUCACCUAUCACAAGAAAUGUUUCACUUGUGUCAAGUGCAACCGACCCCAGGAUGAUAAACUUCAAGUUUUUGUUGGCUUCGACAACGAAGUGUACUGCAAAGUCUGCUAUCCUAAAAUCUGGCACACACCACUCCCUAUGGAUCCGCAAAGCACGUCUAAAAUCCGGGCUGGUCCUCAAGAUAGUGAUUGCUGUCCAAGGUGCUUCGGUAAAGUUUUCGAAGCCGAGAAGAUGAUGGUCGGACAUGGUGUGUAUCACAGCCCUUGUUUCUCCUGUAAAAUAUGUACUCGGCCAAUUGACCAUUACAACUGCGUGAGCCACCAGCGCGAAAUAUUUUGCAAAACAUGCUAUGCACAAAAUUUCGACAUGAGAUCAAAAUCAGUGGGACCGGGAGACACUUCGAUCAUCAAGGGUGGUGCCAAUCGUGAAACCUGCCCACGUUGUCAAGGAGUGGUUUUUGAGGCCGAAAAAAUUGGUGCCAGAGAGCAUUGGUAUCACGUCAAGUGCUUAUCUUGCAAGAAGUGUCGACACAAAUUAGAUGCGUCCUCCUUCAAUGAUGGACCUGAUGGAGAAGUGUAUUGCUACGGUUGUUACUCCGUCACGUUUGGGCAUAGGUCAAGGGCGAAAUCAAUGGGCACAUUAAACACUGCCGUUAUUCAGGCUCAAGGGAUGAAUGGAUGUCCAAGAUGUCACGGGGCAGUGUUUGAGGCUGAAAAGUUGAAGGCCAACAAUAGUAUGUUCCACAUUCGAUGUGCAACUUGCCGAAGUUGUAACCACAAGCUGGAUGCCACUUCCUUGUGCUGCGGAUCUGAUGGAGAUAUUUAUUGUGAAGGAUGCUAUAGUCGUCAAUUUGGAGGAGCCGGAUACCGAGGAGCUCAUGGGAAUCGAUGGUUGGAUGAGAAGGCCAAUAUCCAUCUGAGGCCGUGCCAAAAUGUCGACACCUCCCUGGUCAAGGUUCCCGGGGAUCCAAACAGCUGUCACAAAUGCCAAGGAAAAGUGUAUGACUUAGAAAAGGUGUUUUCCAAGUCUGCUGUUUGGCACAAGCAAUGCUUCCGAUGCAACGGUUGCAAGUCAACACUGACAUCAACUCUGGUUUAUGGAUAUGAAGCUCCAGAUAAUGAGAUUUACUGCAAAACAUGCUUCAUCAGGAACUUUGGCGAAGGGACGAAACCUUUGCCAUUCUCAGACACUGGCUUGAUCCUACCCGCUGGGGCAGAGAUAGGUUGUCCUCGAUGCCAUGGGGUGGUCUUCGAAGCGGAGAAGGUGGUGGCCGGGGAUAAAGUCUGGUUUCAUCAAGGAUGUUUCAACUGUCAGGUGUGCCACACCAAGUUGGAUAGUAUGAGAUGCGCUAUUGGGACCAAUGGCGACGCAUAUUGCAACAGUUGCUAUAAGGCUCAACUUCAGGCAGAGAGAUCUCAGACCAAUAUUGCCAAACCCAGGAAUAUCGUGCCGGCUAUGCCAGGAGAUCCGCACGGAUGCCCAAGAUGUCAAGGCAAAGUCUAUGAAGCUGAAAAGAUGACUUCUCGCGAUCGAUGGUACCACAAGCAUUGCUUUGCUUGCGCUCUGUGUAACCAUCUCCUUGAUUACUCCAAUUGCAUGGAGGGACCCAACGCAGAGGUUUAUUGCAAGACGUGCUAUGUCCGAGAAUAUUUCACUGGGGGAAGAAAUAUGUUUUGCGAUGCCAGAACAAUGCCAACCACUCUAAACCCUCGCAAUGGAUGUCCCAAGUGCCAGAAGCAAGUCUUUGACGUGGACAAAGUUCUGUCUAAGGCUGGAAUCUUCCAUCGCCAAUGUCUCUACUGUGGUCAUUGUAAACGUCAAUUGGACGCAUUCACCCUAAACGAAGCUCAAAACGACAUUUACUGCCAACAUUGUUACUCAGAAUAUUACGGAGUCAUUGGAAAAUCCACUUCCACCAAUGGACGUGUAAAUACCAAGAGCAUCAUUGCAGACGAAGGCGAUCAGUUCAGAUGUCCUAGAUGCUUUGGAAAAGUGUUUGAGGCGGAAAAAGUGGCCACAUCUGCAGGAUACUAUCAUCCAGCAUGCGCUAAAUGUCGGAAAUGUAAUGGAAACCUGGAUCAAUCGAAUGCCUAUUGCGGGGGAGAUGGCGAGAUCUACUGUCAUCUUUGUUAUAAAGAGGAGUUUGGAGUGUUGAGCCGAAGAGGUCGUUCCCGAUCCAGGGUUGGGUCACGGUCUCGCCCGUCAUCUGCCUAUUAUGAUGACGAGGAUGGUUUGGCUAAGGCUAAUGUGGACACCACAUCGAUCAUGGCACCCGAAGGGGAUCGAAGCGCUUGUCCCAAAUGCCAAGGAAAAGUUUUCGAGGCUGAAAAGAUGGUGUCCAACAAAGGCUUGUUCCAUAAGAAAUGUUUCGCUUGCGACACUUGUAAGAGGGCCUUGGAUUCUCAAUUGGCCUGCGAUGGUCCCAAUUACGGGGAGCUCUAUUGUAAAAAUUGCUACCAAAAACGAUAUGGGCCAACUGUUCGAGUAUUCAACGAAUCUGAUGCCCAAAAAUCAUUGAACUUGAGCAAGACUAAGCCUAUUGACCCGCGAAAGGCGUGUCAUCGAUGUGGUGGAGGAGUCUUUGCCAAUGAAGAGCUGAUGUGUAACAGCAUUGCUUUCCACAAAUCUUGCGCUUCAUGCCGGGCUUGCGAUAGGCAUCUUGAUUUGACCACCGUUUUUGGCGGCCCUGACAAGGAUAUCUAUUGUCAAGGAUGCUAUGCUAGAAACUUUGGUAGCGCUUCUUAUCGAGGAGUCCAAUCAACUGCUUGGGUGGAUCAGAAUGCCAACUCUAAUAUGAGAUACUCUACUCUAAAUACCAUCAAUGCCACUAAUAUCAUCAAAUCUGACACGCCUGCGGAUGCUUGUAUUCGCUGCAAUGGCAAGGUGUUUCAAGCGGAAAAAAUCAUUGUGUCACAUGGCUUGUUUCACAAGACUUGUUUUUCGUGCGCCGACUGUCACGUCAGCCUGGACUCUACCAAAGCCAAUGAUGGCCCUAAUAGAGAAAUAUAUUGCCAGCACUGUUACAGCCGACGGUACGGGCUUCAUGGCUAUGGUUAUGGUGGAUUCGGCAGUGUUCCAGCCCUUACCGCAGGGGGCAACGAAACUAAACUCGAUUACCAUUUUAAAGAAUUUUUCUAACCAGUCACUAUUCAAGUGCUAACCAUUGUUUUAAAACGUCAUAACACCACUUUGCUCCUAACAAUGUUCAUCAGUGAUUUUGAGAAUUAAAAAUAUUGUACAAAAGUU